AUGCAUAUUGUAUUCAAUAUCGAAUGGAAUAGGCCAUUUGUUCCAGGUGUUCAUCGGUAUCACCAUAAAUACUCAGUCAGAGCUGUAAACCCCAUUACCAAUGUUUUAAAUACUGCCUACAGUAUUUUUGGUACAACACAGUUUGUUGAAGCUAAAAACGCAAACUAUGAGGGUUUUGUCGACUCCGAUUUGAGGUUUAGGGCUUAUACUAUUCUUCAAAGACAAGUUUAUAUGAUUAUGAGAUGGUCCAUUCUUAGGUAUGCACUUGAUAAUCCAUUGAAAAUCAACUUUCUUAACGCACGGGUUUUCAAUCUUACUCCAGACAAUUUUGUCCCCUCCCUUGAGGACAUUGACAGUUAUCUGAAAUGCCCAAGAUUCUUAUGGAGGUUUUCUUGGCAAAAUUAUACGGAAUGUAUCGAAGCUAUGGAAUGUAAGGAAACGGAUUUCAAGUAUCUCGAUUUCCGGCUGUCCUAUCAAGAUGGUUCUUGCAUUAACGCCUUUGCUAGAGGUAAACAUACCAAGCUUACUAAUAGUUUCAAAAAGAGGCUGCAUGUCGAUAAUAUCAAUAUGUCCCAUUAUGAUUUAAAUAAAAUUGACAAAAUGGAUAAAGUGUAUUUUAAUUUCCAAUUGACAAAGUUUGAGAAAUUGGAAUAUCUCUAUUCUGAUGAUUAUAUGAUGUUUGAGAUGGAUGGUAAAACAACUUAUGAAGAGUUUACUCAUUUAAUCUUAACUGGCCAAUGUCAUAGAUACAAUUCAAAAAUUCUUGAAGAAAAGGUUAAAUUUGAUAAUGAGAAACACCAGAUAAAGAAAAGAAUUAUAAAAGCUCAAAGCAACAAACCUUUAAUUGAAGCUUUAAAAAAUACAAUUAGAACAUUCCACUCUGAAAGGGGCUACUACAAUAAAGAUCCCAGUGAUGAAUUAUCUUUCUUUUAUGAAAGCGGCAAACAGUACAAAAUAGUUAUGAAGUUAAUCAAAAUGAUUGAUAAUCAAGAUACAAUGAAUAGAGAUUUAUUUGAAGAAUUAUUUAAUCAAGUUGAUAUUUCUAUAUAUAAUUUUUAUGGUAGUACUGAUGAUGAUUUGUCAAUGCUAGCUAAAAGAACUUAUUUCAGAGUUAUCAACAAGCAUAAAUCUAAGGUAAUUAUUAGCAAUCGGUUAUAUUCGGUUUCUACAUGGACUCAUCAAGCCUUGAUGUCAGAUGCCAUACAUCCCUUUUCAUUUUACAAAUUCUUGAACACUUAUGUGAGUGCAAAAUGUUGUGCCGAUUUUGAUAAAUUGUUUAACCACAUUGAUGAUGCAUAUAGGUUUGGUUGGUCAUUCCCCAAGAAGAAUAUCAGUUAUAAAGAGGCUUUUCAAUUUUAUGCUGAACAUAUUCCGCAAAAAUAUUUGACUGAGUGUUAUAGUAAUAGAUUAAACAAUAAGAAUUGGCUUUUAGUUAUCAGGUCAUUGCAAACGGAAUCUAACAUAAAGUUUAAGAUCCAAAAUAGAGUAAAUACAGUCAGAAAAUGCAAAGUUGAAUUGAUUAAAGACGAAGAAGUUGACAUUGAAUUCGAGAAAAUUAUUGGUAAAGCAAUGCAAGAUGUAGUUAAAAGUAUCUAUUCGGAGUGUUUUGUUCGGUAUAAAGGUGAUCAAAAGGAUCCGGCUAGAAUGCGUGUCUUCACUUCCAAGAUUCUAAAAGAUACUAUGAAAAAGUUGGUCUCUGUUACGCCUUCUGAAGUUAAAAUAAAUAUUGGUAGAUUCGAAGGUGAUUCGAUCGUAGGACGGGUUACAGAUAUUGUUCCUAUAACCAACAACCGUCCUACACACGGCGAAUCUGAGAGACCUGCUGAUGGUGUCACAAUUAGAAAAAUGGAAUGGUUAUUCAAGAAGUUUGAAGGUCAUCUAGAACAGCUGGUUCAACGUCAUAUUGUUGCCGUACCUGAAUCCCGUAUUCCGGAUAAAUAUAAAUUAGAAGGCUUUGAACAAGCUUCAAAUUUAAGCUCGGCUUCUUUACCAAGCACUAUAACUUUCUUUGUUGCGAUGGCUAUUGAAACUCCUGAUAAAAUUGAAAUGUUGAGGAUAAUCAGAAAAUGUUCAUGUGAGGUCAAAAGUGCUUAUGAAAGCAUAACUAAACGCAAAUUUAUCGAGGCUCCUGAUAAUGUUAAAAAGGAGUUUUCCAGAUACUACAAUGUUAUUCUUUCUUGUGUUUUUCAGGGAAUGAAAACAGAUAGGUAUAACAAAUACCAUAGAAUCAGUAAAACAAGGUUUGGCAAAUUAGUCAUUGCUACUUUGAAUCAGGCAAAAAAUUGGAACGUUGAAGAAACACCACUUUUGAUUGAAGGUCAAAUAAAAAUAGAUCAAGUUAAUACUAUACACAAGGAUAGAAGAAACGCAAAUGUAAUUGUUGCUGCACCAGGAAACAAAGUUCUCUCGGACAUUCCCUUACUUCUUCCUCCCAUUGACUCAACUGAUAAGCAAAUCCUUUCUGAUACUCCCUCACAAAUUGUUGAAAGUUCCAAUCACAUUUGGACUUCCGAUCUAACUGUUGUCAAUACUUCACCACCUGAUGUCGUUCCGUCAACUAAUAAUGCUACUUCUCAAAUCAAUAGUCCCGCUAUUCUUUUUGAUGCAAAUGCUCCAUCAAAGAAUAUUCUUGUUGAUUCCAGUAGUGAUGGGGCACUUCAAGUUCGCAACAGUCAACCUCCAUUGGUACUUUCACCUGCUCUCCAAUCACUCCUCUUUCCAAAGUACCUAGAUUAUUUUGCAACCUUUACCUAUUCCAAUCUUCAUGAAGUAACCUCAGCUGAUUCCAAGAGGCUUUGCCAAGUCCGUGAUCUGAAACUUUUCAGGAUGGAAACACUGUGCGAAGGUCGUUACACUGGUGUUGCGACUUCAAAAGUUAUCAAAGACAAUCAUGGAACCAAUUAUUUUGAUUUAAUAUUACACCUGUGUGACUAUGCUAGUGCGAGAAGGUACCUCCAUGGUAAAAUCAGUCUCAAAGAUGUCAAAGUGAUGCCGGUUGAUCGAACACAGAGAUAUUUCAUUAAGCAAUGGGAUGAUAGAUUUAGAGCCCAAUAUCCAAUCGCAUCUUCAGCAAUAGUAGAGUCAUGGGAAACAUUCACAUAUCCUAGGGAAGUUUAUCAUACUAUUUUACACGAUAGGAAACUUUGGCCAUUUGAUAAAGAUAUUAGGAUCAUUCCAUUUGAAUGGCAUAUAUUCCGUCCAACAAAUGCCACAAAUGAAAACAUCAGUACCUAUCUAGAGUUUUAUGAUUUGAAAUACGGUAAUGGUAAAUGUCCAUGUUGGCGCCUAUAUCGUAGUUUGGUUGAUAAGAUUCAGCAGGAAUCAACAAUACAUGCAAAGUUUGUUCAUGCUUGGGCUAGAGAUCGCCAUCUAAGAGAAUUGUGCAAUGCUGCAAUUUAUUCCGAUCUUUUCAAUGAUGCUGGAUAUGAACUAGGUGAUCAUCCUGAGGAUCUUACAUGGCCUUCUUCCGGUGAAUAUGAUCUUCUAAACGGAAAGGUAUUUGAUUUCUUUUUCAAAAAGACAAUGACUUGA